UUGAGAACAACGACCUGACCAACAUGAGUGGGGAACAACAUCAGCAUGUCGUCGGGACCGAAGGGAGACCGCCGCCAGCAACUGUAACGACGAGCACAUGUACCACCAGCACCCCCAUCGACAGCUCGACCGGAUCGCCAAAGCCGUCACCGCCAUCCUCGCCGAAGAGAUCUCCACGAGCGCCCAAGGAAGACCUAUUCUACUGGGUUAAGCAAACGUCGUUUCUCCAGCGCGACGUGUCGUACAUUUGCCAGAACAUCAACGGCCCGUGUCCUCUUCUCGCGAUCUGCAACGUGCUCCUCCUUUGCGGCCACGUGAGCAUCGACGAGCAUUUGCAUGUGAUGGGGCCGUCCAAUUUCAUUUUCGCGCGCGACGUCGUGUCCAUCGUGGAAAAUCGGCUCGUCCACUCGAAUCCUCACUUGAACGAGGCCGAGCGUGUCAUGCUGGACGAAGUCGUCGCGCUCGUGCAAACGCUCCAAGUCGGGUUGGAUGUGAACGUGCAGUUCCAUGACAUUGGCGCGUUUGAGUACACGAAUGCUUGUGCGAUCUUCGACCUGUUGGACAUGCGACUUGUGCAUGGCUGGGUGGUCGAUCCCCAGGACACUGCCGCGUAUUCGCUCCUGGCACACAAAUCGUACAAUCAAGUCGUGGACCGGCUGAUCGACUACCACAGCAUCGAGUCAAAGGCGCAGUCGAUUCCGAUCUUGAUGAAAGAGCGCAGUCUAUCGAUGGACGACGCUGCGUUAAAAGUGGAUCAAAUCACGUCGGAAGGACCAGUCAUUGACGCCUUCCUUGCCGACAGCGCUAGCCAGCUCACGUAUGUGGGCCUUAUUCAGCUGCACGAAGACAUGAAAGAGCGGGAACUCGCCGUGUUUUUUCGCAACAAUCACUUUUCGACGAUUUUCAAAUAUGACGGAGCGCUGUAUUUACUCGUCACGGACACUGGAUAUUACGACGAGCCCCACGUGAUUUGGGAAAAACUCGAGCACAUUGAUGGCAAUUCCGAAUAUUACACGAAAUCAUUUGUCCCGUUGGUGGGCGCCCACACCAAACAACAAGAACUGCUAAGUCUCAAGACGCCGCCGCCGUUAUCUCCCCGAUCAACCGCUUCACUGCCGCCCCCAGUGCCUUCAAAUUCCCCCCUGGCGAGUACAGCUAAUACGUUGGCGGAUGAUUUUGCACUGGCGUUGAAAUUGCAACAAGAAGAGGACAAUGCAGCCGCCGACACCCGACAGGCGACGGGAACUAGUACUCCUAGUAGGAAUACUAGUCCAAAGCAUGCCCCAAACGCCACCCAACGCACUUCUCCACGAGAAGCGAGUAGUAGUAAUACUAGUCCACGGUCGACUGCUGCGGUCCCUCAGCCUGUGCAGCCUGUGCAAACGACCACGGAAGACGACAGUUCACUGCUGAAUCUCACCGACGAAGAGCUCGCGAUGCAAAUGGAGGCGGAGCGAUUUUUCAAUGAGCAGCGACUGCGGAACCUACCUGGUAAUGCUGCUGCCCCACAACAGCAAGCUGGACGACGCCGCCAGGGUAGCUCAACCACUGGCGGAGACAAGUGCACAUUGAUGUGAGACAUAUAUGGAGGAGAUUGCAACUAUAAUACUACUAAUCAUAACGUCAAAAUCCAUGUGAAG